CAGCCGAAUGGAAAAGUUACGGGGGGAGAGAGUGACUGAGUAGAGCAGGAUCCAUCCGUCGCCAUUACUGACUGGAGUGAGAGGGGAGGGAGCGCGGCUCGGAUUACAUACCACGCUAAAACACGAAAAAAUAAAUAAAAACAGCAUUUUUUGGAAUCUCAGAGGAUUUGUUUUAUGUUGGGUUGCGGCACAAACGGUUGAAAAGUACGCCCGUUUCCAAGACGCGAUCGAAUCCUGGAGAAUAUAAUUUGAAAAGAAGACACAAGAAUGCUACCGCUUUUUCGUGGUGUCGGGAGCUGGGAGCAACCAUGUUAGGAAGGUGAUAAGAGGGGAGUAGCAGCUGCCCCCAACCCAGCGCGAGGAUCCAGCGGAGAGGAAGAGAAGGGAACCGGCCAGUCCACUGAAAGCCAUGGGCGCACACCUCUUCUAACCAAGCCCCCCUUUCUCUCCCGCCCAGAUGGGAGUAGAACGAUAGCCCUGCUGGAAAAUACUUUGCUGAAUGUGAUAGAGCAAUGAGAGGGGGGAUAUAAUGGCAAAGAACAAGGAACCCCGCCCCCCGACGUACGCUGUGAGCGUGGUGGGGCUCUCAGGGACUGAAAAGGAGAAGGGCAACUGUGGCGUGGGCAAAUCGUGCCUGUGCAACAGGUACGUGCGUCCCAAGGCGGACGAUUAUUACCUGGAGCACACCUCCGUGUUGAGCACAAUAGACUUUGGAGGGCGUGUGGUGAACAAUGACCACUUCCUGUACUGGGGCGACGUGCAACACAGGGGCGACGAUGGCCUGGAAUGCAAAAUCCAGGUCAUCGAACAGACUGAAUUUAUCGAUGAUCAGACUUUCCUGCCCCAUCGGAGCACAAAUCUACAACCCUACACCAAACGGGCGGCGGCCUCUAAGCUGCAGUCCGCCGAGAAAUUGAUGUACAUUUGCACAGACCAGCUGGGCUUGGAGCAGGACUUUGAACAGAAGCAGAUGCCCGAUGGGAAACUGAACAUUGAUGGCUUUGUCCUAUGCAUAGAUGUCAGCAAGGGCUGCAAUAGAAAAUUUGAUGACCAGAUGAAAUUUGUCAAUAGCUUGUACUCACAAAUGUCUAAGUCAAAAAAGCCCAUCAUCAUUGCUGCCACAAAGUGUGACGAAUGUGUGGAGCAGUAUCUGAGGGACCUCCAGGCCUAUGCGUCCAACAAAAAGAACUUGUUAGUGGUGGAGACAUCUGCCAGGUACUGCAUUAACGUGGACCUGUGCUUCCAGGCACUGACCCAGCAGAUGGAUAAAACGCGUGGCAAACCCAAAACCAUUCCAUAUUUGGAUGCGUAUAAGAUUCAGAGACAGCUGGUGGCUACAGUCACGGACAAAUUUGAGAAGCUCAUUGUGCAGACGGUCAAAGAUUAUCACACAACCUGGAAAGCUGUGAGUAAUAAGUUAAAAAACCACCCAGACUAUGAGGACUACAUCAACUUGGAAGGCACCAAGAAGGCCAGAAACACUUUCUCUAAGCACAUAGAACAGCUGAAGCAGGAACAUAUCAAGAAAAGGAGAGACGAGUAUUUUUCCAACCUGCCAAAAAUUCUGAAUAACUUGCUCCACAACCUGGAGGAAAUCGAGAAGCUGAGCUGGUCUGAAGCUCAGAACCUUCUAAAGAGCAGAGCUGAGUUUCAGUUCUGGUUUGUAGAUCUGGAGCACACCCCCUGGGACGAGACGGACCACAUUGACAAAGUCAAUGACCGAAGAGUGCCCUUUGAUCUCCUGAGAACUGUUGAAGGCGAGAGGAUUUAUCAAAACCAUGUCCAGCAUUUGAUCUCUGAGAAAAGGAGGGUGGAGAUGAAGGAGAAGUUCAAGAAGACCCUGGAACGGGUGCAUUUUAUCAGCCCUGGUCAGCCCUGGGAAGAGGUCAUGUGUUUUGUCAUGGAGGAUGAGGCCUACAAGUAUAUCAGCGAAACUGAUCGCAGGGAUGUUUACAGUCGGCACCAACGGGAAAUAGUUGAAAGAGCCAAAGAGGAAUUUCAGGAAAUGCUUUUUGAGCAUGCUGAGCUGUUUUAUGACCUAGAUUUGAAUGCCACCCCCAGUUGUGACAAAAUGAGUGAGAUCCACACAGUGCUCAAUGAGGAGCCCAGAUACAGAGCCUUGCAGAAGCUGGCUCCUGAUAGAGAGUCCCUCUUACUUAAGCACAUUGGGUUUGUCUAUCACCCCACUAAAGAGACCUGUCUUAGCGGCCAAAGCUGCGUGGACAUGAAGGUGGAGCAGAUUCUUGCUAACAGGCUGGUGCAGUUGGACCAUGGCCGAUCUAAUCUGUACCACCAUAGUGCCAACAUUGAUAAAGUCAAUCUGUGUCUCCUGGGCAGAGAAGGUCUUGCACAGGAGCUGGCAAAUGAGAUCAGAGCGCAGUCAACAGAUGACGAGUACACGCUGGAUGGGAAAAUCUACGAACUGGAACUCUUCCCCGUUGAUGUCAAUUCACCGUUGCUUUUGACCCAUUCUUGGGCAUCGACCUUCAAACCUCACGGUUGUUUCUGUGUCUUCAGCUCCAUAGAGUCCCUAAAUUUUAUCGGUGAUUGUGUGGGGAGGAUCCGAGCUGAGCUUAGUCAAUACAGGAGGGACAGAUAUGCCCCGCCCUUGCCAUUUAUUUUAAUCUUAGCUAACCAGAGAGACAGCGUUUGCAAAAACAUGCCCAUCUUGAGGCAUCAGGGCCAACAGCUAGCUAAUAAGCUACAGUGUACCUUUGUAGAUAUACCCUCGGGUACCUUUCCACGGAAGUUUAAUGAAUCCCAGAUAAAACAGGCCCUUAGAGGAGUACUAGAGGGACUUAAGCACAACUUUGAUGUAAUGAGCCCUCUACCCUCCAUCAAAGACUUGUCCGAGACUGACUUGAGGAUUGUUAUGUGUGCCAUGUGUGGAGAUCCAUUCAGUGUGGACCUCAUUUUGUCACCUUUCCUGGACUCCCAUUCUUGCAGUGCUGGCCAGCCUGGUCAAAGCAAUACUCUGGUCCUGGAUAAGAUCAUUGGGGACAGCCGCCGGCGGAUACAGGUCACGGUCCUCUCCUACCACUCAUCGAUUGGAAUCAGGAAAGAUGAGCUGGUCCAUGGCUAUAUCCUUGUCUACUCAGCUAAGCGCAAGUCCUCCAUGGCUAUGUUGAGGGCCUUCUUGGCUGAGGUCCAGGACGUCAUCCCGGUACAAAUGGUAGCCAUCACUGACAGCCAGGCUGACUUCUUUGAAAACGAUGCCAUCAAAGAGCUGAUGACUGAGGGGGAGCACAUUGCCACAGAGAUCACAGCCAAAUUCACAGCACUGUAUUCACUAUCCCAGUACCACCGACAGACAGAGGUAUUCACACCAUUUUUCAAUGAAGUUUUGGAAAAGAAGCUGAGUAUUGAAGGCUCCUUCAUGUUUGACAGCACCCGUGAGGGCACUUGUGCUAGUGAAGAUGUCUUCCCACAGUCUCCUCACUGCCACUCGCCUGCCUACCCAUAUUACCCUGACUCGGAGGAUGACACAGAGGCCCCGCCUCCCUAUAGUCCUAUUGGUGAUGACGUGCAGCUUCUGCCCACACCGAGCGAACGCACAAAGUACCGGAUUGAUCUGGAAGGGAAUGAGUACCCCAUCCACAGCACACCAGUGGGUGACCACGAGCGGAACCACAAAGUGCCGCCUCCCGUCAGGCCCAAACCUGUUCUCCCCAAGCCCAAUGUGAAAAAGCUUGACCCCAACCUACUGAAGACUAUCGAAGCGGGCAUGAGGAGCACCCGAAGGGCACGUGGCCAUGGUGAUGACGUGGAGGCCUCCGACAACUACGCCGAACCGGCCGACACACUCCUCAAGUCUAAGGGCUUCAACGAUGAUAUUUACGCAGUCCCGGAGGACACCCCAAGCCGCCUCAAGAUGCGCAAUUCGUUUGGUGGAGUGCACGGUCCGCACGGGGAUGAGGAGAAUGGCUUUGAUCGCAUAUCCAAGUUGCAGGGAGGCAGGAGGCCAUCAAAAUACAAGCACCGCUCCAAGACCCUCUUCAGCAAGACUAAAGCUUACCACCGGCGAGCCCACUCGGACGUGAGCGAUGAUGAGUCAGGUCCUGCACUACAGAAGAAAAAGAAGGGCAGAGGCCACCGGGGCAGUGAGGAAGAUCCCCUGCUGUCCCCUGUCGACCCCUGGAAGGGAGGGAUAGACAACCCCGCCAUCACUUCUGAUCCCGAGCAGGACGACAAGAAGACGAAGAAGAAGAAGCCACCAAAGACAAAGGAACCCAAAAAGCCAAAAUCAAAGGCCACCAAGCCGUUAUACCCGCCCACCCGCAGGAACUGGGAGAGCAACUAUUUUGGGGUGCCGCUGCAGAACCUGGUCACACCCGACCAGCCCAUUCCGCUAUUCAUCGAGAAGUGCGUGGACUACAUCGAACGCACAGGGCUGACAACAGAGGGCUUAUAUCGCGUGAGUGGGAACAAAACGGAUCAAGACAACAUUCAGAAGCAGUUUGAUCAAGACCACAGCAUGGAUCUGAUCGUCAUGGACGUGGCGGUCAACGCCGUGGCGGGCGCUCUCAAGGCCUUCUUCGCCGACCUCCCCGACCCCCUCAUCCCCUACAGCCUGAACCCGGAGCUAGUGGAGGCAGCAAAAAUUGUGGACCACAUAGAGCGACUGCAAGUGCUGAAGGAAAUCGUGCUGAAGUUCCCCGCGGUGAACUACGAAGUUUUCAAAUAUGUCAUUACUCAUCUUAACAGGGUGAGCCAGCACAGCAAGACCACGCUGAUGACGGCGGACAACCUGUCCAUCUGCUUCUGGCCCACGCUGAUGCGGCCCGACUUCGAGAACAAGGACACGCUCUCCACCACCAAGCUCAACCAGUCGGUCAUCGAGUCCUUCAUCCAGCAGUGCCACUACUUCUUCCACGGCGGGGAGAUCGCCGAGCCGUCGAGCGCCGAGGGGACGCCGCCCCCGCACGCCCACAGCAUGGUGGAGUCGCUCGUCCCCCUCCAGCUGCCCCCGCCCCUCCAGCCCCAGCAGAUCCAGCACCAACUGCAGCCUGACCCGCUAGUGUAGUGGCCCCUACCCCCCACCCCCCCCCACCGCCAACACGCGCGCGCACACACACACACUUGCCCUCAAAACCGGUCCCAGCGUGUGAGAUCGAGAAAGGAGAGCGCCCCCUAGCUGUGGAUGACUCACGGAGCUUUGACAAAAACUAAAGAAAAAAAAAAUCAAAAAAGAACUUGCUUUUGAAAUCCAGCAACCCAUUCUUUUUUUCUCCUUUUCAGUCAGUCCGUAUCCAUGGCAGCAUAAUCCCAGCAUCAUUUGUCUCUCCUUUGAUGGCGUGCUGCUGAACUCUUGUGCAUUUGUGAGUCUGGGGGGGACGGGACUAAUGCAGGCACGGGGAGGGGGGGGGGGAUCCUCGCUCAUGCCCCCACUUGGCUACUGCAUGCCUCCUUGACGACGUUGCAGGAACUGUCGGGAACUGCCCUCGUACCCAGCCCCCCCUCCCCCUCCCGAUUCCUGCAAAGCCAAGGAAAAUCAUUUCUACAACUUUUUUGUUUUGCGUUUAUAAGCGACAAUGGUCAUAUUUUCAUGUGAACGGUGUACAUGACAUUACACUUAAAACCCCGUUUUAAUGGCUGUUCCUGCGACAUUUCCGUGUGCUUGCUUUUUUUUAUCAUUUGCCAGUGGACUUUUUUUUUUUUGUGAAUAUUAUUUUUGUCGGAGAAAGCGAGAGGCUCCCGAUGGACUGGUGCGUGGUGUGUGAGUGUGGGGUGCGUGCGUGCGUGUGUAUUCGUGUGUGUAUUAUCCUCUCCCUGGCUCCGAACGCUUUGCACUGUUUGGGGCGGGACUAUGGGUGGGGAAAAAAGGACGCCAAGUGCACCUGACCAGGCCAAACACUCACCACCCUCUCUUAGCGGAUCAGAAACCUGUGGAACUGCUGAACUUCUGAACGGAGCGUCCCAUUGGAUCCUGCGCGGCACAUCUCUGUGGACACCAAGCACUGCUGCAAAGCAUUCUGGGUUUUCCUGUUCCUUUUUCUCUUUUUUUUUUCUUUCUUUCUUCUUAAUCAAAAACGUCUUAGUGCUACUCGCUUUCAUACAAUAGGAGAUAUUUGUAUAGUUCCUUUUGUUUGUCAAGCUAAAUUUGCAUGUCUUUUGCCUCUUAAAAAUUACAAACGAAGAAAAAAAAAAUUUGAACUUGUACACACAAGCUUAACCAUUUUCAUUCAAAAUUAUUUUCUUAACAUGGUUAAGGGGAACAUUAAAUGGGGAUGGGGGGAGGGGUUUUCAAAUUAUAUUUUCAUUUUUUCAUGCAGAGUGUCAAGCCUUUUAAUAGUUAACCAUAAUCAUUUGGUCGAUGCUAUUUUUUAACCAAAUCAGGAUAAUUCCAAAACACUCCCAACUAUUUUGGUUCCAUGUCUAAUAGUAUGUUUCCCUGAAUAGAGAAAAGUCAUAUAAAUAUAUAGAUAUAUAUAUAUAAAUAUAUAUAUAUAUAUAAAAAUGAUUGCUAAUAUAGCAAUAAAUACUAUGGGGUACUCAACUUGGCCUUUUGGCUUUGUAUAAUCUUGUAAAACAUAUAAUCAGAUUUCUUUAUGUGGUAUGACGUACUAAAUUUGAGUUAGAUUAAUUGACUGUGUACUUAAUUUGCUAUCUAUAAAUGAAAAAAAAAAGAUUCAUAGCUUGUUUUAGAUGGUACAGAAUUUUGUUGCUGUAAAAGAUGCUGCUUAGAAAGUGUUAAAGAUAGAACUGUGUUAGUCAUGUCGGAACGAUGGGUUAGAGAUUUGGUUGGAAACAGGUUUGUGGAUCAUACAGAUGUAAUGUUUUAAAAGGCUUUGCAAGACCACGGUUAUUCCAUUUCUCCACUGAAACGCUCAAAACUUGGGGGAGGGAACGGCAAUUGGGGGAGGGGCGAGUCUGCAGCUGCUAGGAUACCUUUUGUGUAGUUUAAAAAAAAGGAAAAAAUAAGAAAAAAGCAACCCUAUUUGUCCAUAAGAUCUGCCUCAUAUAAGCUGGUGUACAAACUCUUAAGAUUUUAACAUCAUCUGCUAUGUAUAAUAGUAAAUAAAUGAUUUUGAGAAAUUAAUCUUAAGAGUUUGGUUUACUCCAUAUUUUUUCCUGAAAUAAAAUUCUCAUUUUUUUCA